UGACUAUUAAUCAAACGACCCAGCGUCGUGACCGGUUUCUUGAUGGUUGAUAUAACAUGUGAGGGCGUUUGCGCAGCUUGCACAACCAGUAUACCCGCGGUGCUCUCAAGAUGUGGUUCGCGAUCCUACUGUGUCUCGGAAUUCAGACGAUAAUGGCGGGCAAGGCACCCGUCAUCGAGCUGAACGACGGGAAUAAGAUACCAGUCGUGGCUCUUGGCACCGGCAGAGGGACCGCGAAAGAUGCACCUAUCGACGAAGUUCGUCAAGCAGUGCUCUGGGCUAUCGAGGAGGGUUAUCGCCACAUAGACACUGCUGCCAUCUAUCACGACGCGCCGCAAGUGGGACAGGGGAUCGCCGACGCCAUCGCCAAAGGCUUGGUCAAGAGGGAAGACUUGUUCGUCAGCACUAAGUUAUGGAACGACAGGCACGCCCAAGACCAGGUGGUGCCGGCGCUCCGGGAGUCCCUCAAGAGACUCUGUUUGGACUACGUCGACCUUUUCCUGAUCCACUUCCCGAUAUCGCUGAAUGCUGACGGGUCGCCCUCAGACGUAGAUUACGUAGAAACGUGGAGGGGAAUGGAAGAGGCCAAGAUGCUAGGCCUCGCCAAGUCCAUUGGGGUGUCCAACUUCAACAGCUCUCAACUGGACAGACUGUUCCAGAACAGUCAGGUCAAGCCUGCUGUUAAUCAAGUAGAGGUUAACCCAACUCUAACACAGGAGCCCCUAGUGUCCCACUGUCAGAAACUAGGUGUGGCCGUUAUGGCAUACAGCCCGUUCGGAUUCCUCGUCUCUCGCGAUACUAAGGACUCGCCUCCACCCCGCAUUGAUGAUCCUACGCUGGUCGCCAUUGCGAAUAAAUACGGGAAGAGCACCAGUCAAGUUGUUCUACGGUAUCUGCUCGACCGAGGCCUAAUCAUCAUACCCAAGUCUACAAACCAGAAGCGCCUGGCGCAGAACCUGGACCUGUUCGACUUCAAGCUGACGGCCGAGGAGGUGGCCACCAUAGGACAGUUCAACAAGAACGUUAGGGUCAUCGACCCGAAGACCUGGAAGGAUUUUCCUAACUACCCCUUUGAGAGGGAUUAAUUUUCUUUUUAUUGGUUA